AUGAGUUUUGCCUCUCUCCUGUCGCAGAUAAAAAAGGAAAAACAGGCCCAAGUGUCUGAUGGCCAGCAGAAAGCUGUUGGAUCGGGGAGGGCUAGGACGGUUGUUAGGGGUUCGUCCAAUGCCCAGGGACAGACCAAGCGAGCCACUUCAAUGUCGAGCCCGCCGCUGAACAAGACACAUAGCCUCACAACACCUGGUGUAGAUCCGGCAGUUGAGCGGCUGAAGAAUGCGAGAAGGCGUGAGAAAGAAGAAAAAGAACGGAAGCUAAUGGAGAGCAGAAUGGCGGGUAAGGCAGGCGUUACUAGGAACAUUCAGUCCAGAAGUAUCCCACCAAAGAAACCAGUCGGUGCAGCGUACGAAAGAAAGACCGUUGUCCAGCCGAAUAUUCCAAUAAGGAAGGAAAAGCCCCCAAUCAAAAAACUAAAAUUCAACGAACUCAUGAAGAAAGCGAGCAAGGUGGACUCACAGAAACUGGCCAUGGCCACACCAUUCAAAAGUGUGAGUCCAGAUCCUCACGACAAGAAGAAAGAGAGGACCUCAACUGGAUUCGUGAACUCACCACCAAUAUCUCCAUUGAAAUCUGCAAUGAAGCCUGCAUCAAGACCUCCAUCCAAGACCGCCAUAAAACCAAUUCCCAAACCAGUUGUUCAAGAUCAGAAAUUACAGGGACCGGCUCCCUUUGCGAGGCCGUCUGAGCAACUCUCCAAGAAGCUCCAACAAAAGAAGAAAUCGUCACUCCAUCCAAGCGUUCCUCUGAAAAACAGCAGAUAUGAUGAUGAAGAUGAAGAUGAAGAUGACGACGAAUUCGUGGUGUACGACGAAGAGGAGACCUACAAAGAGGCUGGUGGUUACGACAGAGACGAGAUCUGGAGCAUCUUCAACAGGGGACGCAAGAGAGAUUACCAGGACUACGAUGACGACUCUGACGAUAUGGAAGCCACAGGGGCGGAAGUUUUGGACGAAGAAGAGCGCACCACCAGAGCUGGUAGGAUCGAAGAUGAGAAGGAAAGAAGAUUGUUAGAACAGCACGAAGCAGAGAAAAGAAGACGGCUACAGAAGCGUUGA